AUGGUUGACGUCAACUUGUCUCUGGAGAACAUCGCUCCCUUUCCGCGGCAGCACGAGCACGCUGCCGUGCAGGGAAUUCCAUGGAACCAAAUUAUGGGCUGGUAUCGUAUCACCACUGCCGACGUGAACCGAAUUCUAGGUGCAGACGAUCCUUGUGCCCUUACGGCGGCGGCGAUUGUCGUAUCCUUCGGAAGACAUGACCAGCUCAAGAAGUCCAUCCCAGAAGGCCAGCUAACUACCGCCGAGGAGACUGGAAACAAUAGCUGUGGCAGGCUCGCUGCCGUGGUAAAGCCCAAGAUAGAUAAUGAGAAGCCUACCGUUAAGUUUUGCGACAUUCUGCGCUCGGGGGGAAGUCCAAUGACCUUUCCUCUUCCUUUUGAAUGGAAUGACAAGGCCUUUACCGUCCGUCCGAGUGUUGCCGCUGGCGUUUGCAAAUUCUUUAGGGAUUAUGGCUGUGUUGCCAAUGAUUUCGAAGUUGCUUAUUCGGGUAACGAUAAUUUGGACGAGUUUGGUGACGGCCACUUUAACCGUAUGAUCAGCUUCUCCCGUUGCGAAGGUGCCGGCUCCCGGGAGGAGACUCAAAUUGAAAGGCCGCCGACUGAAUCCCAAGAGAUAUCUGGCGUCCACGUCUGCGAAAGUGAUCGUUUCAGCCCGUCGUGUAGACGCUUUCCGGUUGCCGAUGGGGAUUGCGAUAUUCGGGCCGAGUCUCAGCCCUUUAUUGCUCCCGACUCUUGGUAUAAAAGCUGCGCUAUCGGAAGCCUGACUUUCGAUGUGCAGCUGGCUAAUGUCGAUUGGGCCGGAAGCGACGAUCGACUGUUCCUCGAAAUCGGCCACAGCUCGAAAUGGGACGGCGGAGAGCCUCACUCUCUGCUCAAGACAUCCCCUGACAAGGGGGACAAAAUGACAAAGGAAAUCAACCUCAAAGAUGCGUUUGACAAGAGCCCGAUUACUCCGGGCGAUAUCAAGCACGUGGGACUUGCUAGUCGCGUGGACCACGGGGGGCUGGGCACGGAUGAGCUUAAGCUCCAAGGUAUGUGUCUUGAUACCCCUCAACCUGGCGAUUGCUAUCGAAUAAGAGGAGAAACUAACCCGUGGCAUCUGCUAGACAUGACAUUACGCUUGCGAUGUGCUGGAACCAACAUUACCGCUGAGGUUCGCAAAACUAAUGACUCGUGGCUUACUUUCUGGGCAGCCGAUAUUAGGCCUACGGAGUGGGCUUGGGAUCUUUGCUCUUAA